AUUCUUUGAUCUCCAAUCUUCACUUUACAUUUCUGCUUUAACACUCCAGAGAGGGAAAAAAGGAAAAACAUGGCGGCAUAUUUGCACAGAGGCUCCAUGAACGUAGAACAAGAUCCGGAAGCUUUCAAUAACGGCGAUUUCCGAGAGAACCUUGACGAUGAUGGUCGCCCCGAGAGAACUGGUAAGAUGGACUUGGGUGACCGCAAGUGUUCAUAUCAUCGUAGCCAUGAUUGGUCCCGGUUUGCUGUCUCUGGCAUGGGACAUGGCUCAGCUGGGCUGGAUAGCUGGCUUCGGCGUUCUCAUGGCUUUCUCCUUCAUCACCUACUUCACCUCCACUCUUCUGGCGGACUGCUACCAAUCUUCUGAAUCCGUCACCGGAGGAAGAAACUAUAUUUACAUGC